AGAAACGAUGUAAGAGUCCGCCAUUUUCAAAAGAAGUAUUUCUUCAUAGUCAACAAAAUGUUUCAGUUUUAAAUGAAAAUAAAGGAACAUGAGCAUAAGGAAUAACAUGAGACCAUUUCACUGAUACCAAGACUACAAAAAUGGCCUCCUCUGCAUUAAUGCAGCAAAAAUUUGCAAAUCUGCGCAAGCGUCUGGACCAGCUGGGUUAUCGGCAGCCUCUGGGGGUGGAGUCCCUGCCUCUGGUGGAGAAGUUGUUUGCUGACUUAAUUCAUACCACCGAGAGUCUGAAGAAGUCCAAGUUGGCAUCGGGUGGAGGUUCGGAUGAACCCCAGGCCCUCAGUGCGCAGAUUGAACCCUAUAAAAGUGACAAUGCGAAGUUGGUGCGUGAAAACAACGAGUUGCACUUGCAGCAUAUUAAGCAGAAGGAAGAGGCUGAGUUUACUAUAAAAGAUUUAAAAGCCUCUUUAAGAAAGCUAGAACAUGAAAAUGCAGACCUCAAGUUUCUCAACAACCAGUACAUCCACAAGAUCAGAGUGCUGGAGAAGGAAUCCAAGGACAAGACUGACAAGAUCCUUCAUUUACAAGAGAAGAACUUCCAUGCUGUUGUACAGACACCAGGAGGAAAAAAGAAGACCAUUCCAUUCAGACGGCAGCGCAUGGAGAUAGAUUCUACUCUACCCCCAGCAGAGAGACCCCAAGUCCCCCCUGGAAGUCAAGUAGAGGACCCCUUUGUGGCUGAUCUUCUUCAGUUGGCAGACAAGAAGAUAGAGGAAAUGACGGGGGAGGUGAAGAAAUACAAGGAUCUCAAUGAAAUUGCUGAAGGAAAGAUCAAGAAUCUCCGCACUCAGGUUGACCAACGUGAUGAGGAAAUAGACCGUCUGGGCAGGAUGUUGGACGGAGGGCGGCCCUACGAUGUGGUCGCCUUGGAAACAAGGAACAGGGCCAAUGAACGCAUGAUCUCACACCUCAAUAUACAGAUUGACUACCUACAGCAGAAAAAUCGUGAGUACCAGCGGCGUCUGGAUGAGGCUCAGCUGGUGGAGCGGGAGGCGAGGUCCGAGACCAUCGAUCUGAAUGCUAAGAACAAGGCCCUGGCGGCGGACCUGGAGGAUGUGGACCGCAUGGCACAGUCCUUGCAGCUACAGAAAGAUUCCGUGAUGAGGAGUGCUGAUAUGGAGCUGUCAGAUGCUAAGAUUGAGCUUGAAAGGUCAAGGCAAGAAUUACAAGACUUAGAUCUUACAGUGUCACAACUAAGAGAAGAAAAGCAGCAGUAUGGAGAAGACAAUGCAGCUCUGAGGUCGCGGCUGUCGUCGCGGGAAGCAGACUACCAGAGACUGGAAGAACUUAUGGCCAAAGUGCAGGAAGACAAGAAGAGGCUCAGUCAGAGAGUGAAUAAAUUAACUUCCAAUGAGAGAGAGCUUGUGUUAGAAAUUGAGAGGUUGAAGAAGAAAAACGGCCUAGUCAAGAAAAGAGGCAAGUCUCCCAACCGCCUGGAUGCCUUUAUCCGGGGGCUGGAGGAGGAGAGGGAUUAUUACAAGGGAGAGGUGGACACGUUGCAGAAGAUGAUGCAGCAGCAGCGGUCAGCUUCUCCAGCCAGGGGACGCAGUCCAGCCAGGGCAAAACGUGACACCUCCCCAGGAGGAAAGAGUGCAGCUCACUACGAGACCAUAGUUCGUGUGUUGGAGGACGAGAGAGAUUUCUACAAGAAAGAGUACGAGAAGGCACGCACAAUGUCCAGAACAGCCAGUCCUGCUCGCUCUCCUCCAACUAGAGACAGGAGUGUUGCCGAGGAGACAGAGCUGCUCAGGGUGACCCGAGAGAGGAACGAGUUACAGGCAUUACUGGACAAGUUUGAGCGGCACAUGGCCGAGAUCCAGUCCAAUGUCAAGGUGCUAACGUCAGAGAGAGAUAAGCUGAAUCUGAUGUAUGAACAGACUAAAGAAGAGCUGCAGAGGAUGAGGAGAGAUGUGGUGAAGUCUCCCAAGUCUCCCAAAGUCUCUCUGGCAGCGCAGGCAGUGUUACGGCGCGUGGAGAAUGAGAGGGAUGACGCAAUUGCAGACCUGAGGCGUAUGACCACAGAGAGAGAUAGUAUGAGGGAGAGGCUAAAGAUGGCCACAGAAACAAGUCUUUCAGACAGAGCCAGGCUGGAACAAAAAAUAGAAGAUUUAGAAAAUGCACUGCAUAAUGUUGAGGUGGAGAGGAAUGAACUUCAGGUUAACCUAAGUACACAGAAGGCUCUGACCAACUCCUCAGAAGACCAGUGUAGAGAGCUGAACAUCCAGCUGAAUGCUGCUCUGGAGGACGGAUCUCAGCACAAAGCUACGGCCACGCAGAUGAGGUUGCUGGCAGAGCAGACGGAAGAGGCCCUGGAAGAGCACAGACGCAGACUCACCAGGAAGGAAGGAGAUCUCAAAGUGGCGGAGGAACGAAUUCUACGCCUGGAGGAGCGUUCCACAGACCUGCAGCGUGCCAAUGUUAACCAAUCAGAUCAAAUCACUCAGCUCCGCGGCACAAUAAGUGCACUAGACGGAGAGAAAGACAGUCUUCAAAUGACAGUGGAUGAGAAGUCCGAAAGGAUAGCUGGUCUGGAUGCAGAAGUUGUAGUUAGGGACAGACAGAUCAGUGAUUUAAGGAUAAAUAUAGGAGAGUUAGAGGCCCAGCUGGAUCGUGCCAAUGAAAAUAUUAACCAGUUGGACCGCGAGAUCAAGAGCCUGCGUCGCCAGCUGGACAGUACCACCGAGGAGCUGUCAGAGACCACCAGGGGGCGUGAGGUGGCUCUACGAGAAAACAGGCGACUUCAAGAUGACCUUGCAGCCAUGACGAGAGAGAACCAGAAUCUAAACCAAGAUCUCCAGGACACGAUAGAUGAGAGAGAGGAGUUGAAGAACCAGGUGCAGGACUAUGUGAUGGAGGUGAAGAGAGUGGAGGAACUACUGGCAGCUAAGGACCAGGAGCUGAUGGACUUACUAGAACAGUACCAAAACUCUCUUCUCUCUGCUUCCCACUCUACACUCACUGCCCCAACUGACCAGGAGGACGAGAGAGGAGAUCUGUUGAACCAGUAUCGGGUCCUCAGUAGGGAGGCGGAGAGGUACGAGACACAGACCCACCAGCUGGAGAGCGAGGGCUCAAACCUACGCUUAGAACUCAUGUCACGAGACUCCGAGGUCAGGAGGUUACGAGAUAAAGUAGAGCUGAUGGAACGCGAGAUACAAGAACACCUCCAUGCUCAGCAGGCCUACGAGACCCAGGUGUCCAGUCUGACGCGGUCCGUCUCUCAGCUGGAGGACAACCUACGGGUCACAGAGGACGAGCGUCUGAGUGUGCAGCAGGAUCUGGCUGCUGUACGUGACCUGUGUGCCAAGCUGGAGGCCACCAAAGACUCACUGCAGAGACAAUUGACAGGGAAGACACUUGACCAGGAACAGCUCCAAGCUGCCCUGGAUGAGCUGAAAGCAGACGCAGAUGCGUUACGUAGCCAGGUGAACAGCGAGCGCGGCACAGUAAGGAACCUGGAGGGACUGCUGUCUUCCAACAGAGAGAAAGAGUUCCAGACCCAGCUCAGUGCUCAGGAGAAGAAUGCUGAGAUACAGCUCCUCAAAGAUAGGCUGACUCUGAAUGAGAGUAAAUUACAAAGUCAGAACAGAGAGAUGUCUACACUGAGAACUAAAAACAUGGAGUUAGACUCAGAGGUGGAGAGAUUAAGAAGACAACUCACUAGUGAGAGAUUUGAAAAGUAA